AUGAGCGGCAUGGGAAUGGGCGGCGGCGACGCUUGUAAGAUCUCGAUGCUCUGGAACUGGUACACCAUCGACUCCUGCUUCCUGGCCGAAAGCUGGCACAUCCGAUCGUCUGGCGCCUUCGCGGGUUCUUGCAUCGGCGUGAUUCUGCUCGUCAUGGUCCUAGAAGCCCUUCGUCGUGCAUCCAGAGAAUACGAAGCGUUCCUCAUUCGAAAGCGCCUCACCAAAAACCCACCGGCAUCCCCAGCGCGCUCCACCAGCGACAGCGACAAUUCCAACGAGAAGACCGGCACUGCACUCGCUCAACCAGCGUCAUGUCCAGCCUUCGUCAAGCGCCAAUUCCGACCUACGCUGUUCGAACAGCUCGUCCGGGCCUUGCUGCAUAUGCUGCAGUUCGCGGUGGCGUACUUCAUCAUGCUGCUUGCCAUGUACUUCAAUGGCUACAUCAUCAUCUGCAUCUUCAUCGGUGCUUUCCUUGGGGCGUUUGUGUUCAGCUGGCACAAUAUCGCACUGCCGUAUGUCUUUCACCCAUCCUCCUGCUGUGUGGUAGCUGACGAUUUCUAG